AUGCAGAAUGUGAGGCUAUUGGACGUCGCUGCUGUCGGGACCUACUACAUCUAUCACAGCCCUGGCAUGCACAAAUUCGGCAAUGAGCUAGAUCAUCUCGGCAUCGUUCUGGUCAUGUGGGGCACGGGUAUUUCUGGUACUCAUUUCGCGUUUUACUGCCACGACACAUUGCGCAAUGUAUAUUUCGCCUUGUUGACCGUGACUGCUCUUGGUUGUGGUGUUUUCACACUUCAACCAAAGUUCAGGAAACCUACGUACAGAACAGCGAGGUUUCUCAUGUAUGUUUUCCUGGGUUCGAGCCUGUUUGCACCAUGCAUUCACGGCCUGUUGCGUUUCGGUGGAGCGAUAGAAGAGAUGAUGGGUUUGAAGUCUUUCCUCGGAUUAGCUGCCAUCAACUUCACAGGAGCUGCUGUGUACGCAGCCAGGAUCCCUGAGCGAUGGUAUCCCGCGACCUUUGAUCUCUUGGGCCAAAGCCACAACUGGAUGCAUGUGCUGGUCUUCACUGGCGCUGUAGUUCGGCUACAGGGUCUACUGGCUGUGACAGAAUCAUGGCAGUCACAAACACAGGAGCACGGGUUUUGUUAA